UCGCUAGCAGUCUCUCUGCUCUGCUGGAGUUGGGUCCCUCUUAGCGACAUCUUUCCGUCCCUUUAAGGAAAUGACCAUCCUAAGGAAAGGCCAAGUGUAUCUAGCAGUAUCCAGAAGUGGAGCUCUGGGAUUAUUGGCAGAGCAAGCGAUCUCUGCUGGGGACCUGUUUGUGCGGCUCUCCAGGAGGCAAGGCUGGCUCAGCAAGGACUUCUAGCAGCCUCCUCACACCGCACGGGUGAGCGGAUCUAGUCUCCCUUUUGGGGAUUGAAAAAAAAAGUGACGCACGCGAAGUAAAAAACUCUCCAGCGUCAUGGGAUUGGGUAGAACCUUCAGACUCUGUGCUUGAUUCUCCAUGCAGGAAGUUCACCCGGUGGCUCAGGUCAAGGAAGGUGCCAGCUGAUGGCAGUGAACCGGCCAAGAAAAAUUAUCCUCAGAUACAGGGUCCAACCCGAAACCAGUUUGUGGAGGCCAGAGACUUCAGCCCCUUCAGGGGACACGCAGAGGCCUGUAGAGGGAGAGUGAGUUUCUUGGUUUGUUUUGUUCAAAGUCACACAGUAAGUAACGGAUGAGGCUGGGACCAGAUCCCAUCUCUCUUAAAACCAAUAGGUCUGUGGCACUAGCCGAGGGUAAGACCUUCUGGGAGAAUCAGAACUGAGCAUGAAAACAAAGCCAGGCCAGAGGUGGGGAACUGAAGAGAUCCCCUCCUCGCAAGAUGUGGUAACUGGUUCCUCAGGUUCCCCGGGGUCUCAGGCUUAGAGUUUUCUCAUCUCAAUGACUUCUCCUUUGCUUAGCUACCUCUGAGCUUCUGAGGCUGAACCAGUCACUGAAGCCGGGGCUAUCUGUUCAUAAGGAAGACGAGGCAGGCACUUUGAGUCAAGAAAGAACUACAAAGAAGAGGAAGUGGACAGGUCCCUACUCCGGUGUGGUCUACGCUCCCAUAGGACUUGUCCACAACCUCCUUUUUUCAGUCCCCCCCUCAUCAGAGACCGUGCAUGUCCGUUCUCAGCUCCCAUCAUUUCUAGAAGAUUCUUGCCAGAGCUUCUUCGACUAAGCAUUUAAUAAUCCCCUGGCAUCCCUUUCCCAGAUAGUGAUGACAGUUCCGACCUCCCCUGGAGUAUGUGAAGGGAGCCGACUUUCCACAGCAUCCUCGGUAUACAGACGUAUGAUGCAGAAAAACUGCCAGGAAGCAAGCUGUCCAUUCUUCAAUACACAGCUGCGUGGGUAAAAUGGAUAAAAGCUACGCAGGAAGUUGGACGUGGUCAGCAAGUUCGGGACAAAAAGCCAGUUAGUGGGGUCCUUUCUCACCCAAGCCUGCCACUCUACACCCCAAGUCUUCCCGCUACCGUGAUGCACCACCACCCAGGACACGUGACUUCCGGUCUUGAGUUGGCCACUUGCCAGCUUUGGGAUAGCAGAUAAAGAAGCUGACGUCUGGAGAUGCUUCAAGGCCACACAGCAACUUAGAUAUAUGCCUAGGGUCUGACUUCAGCAAUUGAGAGUCACGUACAAAUUAGUAAAGAAUUAAAAUAAUAAAAAAGUACAUUAAACUACAGUCAAAUUGAAGAAAAAGCAAAAUUCAGACGGAUGCACAUUCUUACACCCCAAACCUCCAAACCUUCAGAACUUCCUGCCUAUGAAUCGAGAGGGGGAGUGAGAGGGUGUCUUGCUGGCAGGUGCUGUCUCAAAGGCCCACAGUCCUCCACUUCCUGGGGUGUCAGCCACAGAACAAAGCCAGCAGAGACUCCAUCAGCGCCUCCUUUUCUCCUCAUCCUCCCAGGCAUAGCUGCCUCUGCCUCUGCCUCUGGGUACCAUCCCAGGGAAGCAGAAGAUGAAGUGGAAAGUGUCUGUUCUCGCCUGCAUCCUCCACGUGCGGUUCCCAGGAGCAGAGGCACAGAGCUUUGGUCUGCUGGAUCCCAAACUCUGCUACUUGCUAGAUGGAAUCCUCUUCAUCUACGGAGUCAUCAUCACAGCCCUGUACCUGAGAGCAAAAUUCAGCAGGAGUGCAGAGACUGCUGCCAACCUGCAGGACCCCAACCAGCUCUACAAUGAGCUCAAUCUAGGGCGAAGAGAGGAAUAUGACGUCUUGGAGAAGAAGCGGGCUCGGGAUCCAGAGAUGGGAGGCAAACAGCAGAGGAGGAGGAACCCCCAGGAAGGCGUAUACAAUGCACUGCAGAAAGACAAGAUGGCAGAAGCCUACAGUGAGAUCGGCACAAAAGGCGAGAGGCGGAGAGGCAAGGGGCACGAUGGCCUUUACCAGGGUCUCAGCACUGCCACCAAGGACACCUAUGAUGCCCUGCAUAUGCAGACCCUGGCCCCUCGCUAACAGCCAGGGCAUUUCUCCCUCACGGGCUUCACCUGCUGAUGUCACUUGUGAAGGACAGAGGACAAAGCCCCCCUCAGUUUAUUCAUUUCCCAGCCACCAUUUCAUGACGAGGAUGGUUCUCUCACUUGCCACAUUUGUCUUCUUCAGUUCCAGAGCACUGAACACAGAACGUCAUCCCUGGACUCUCUAAAGGGAGAGCCACCCUUGCUCUUCCACCCCAGCCCUGCUCUUGGGUCUUCUGGCAGGCUCCUCUCCUUGCAGAGCCCAGCCCUAGCUAGGAGUUGGGGGUGGAGGGUGGGGCACUAACACACUCCCUCCUGCAGCUAGCUGAGUUCAGUUUGCUUUGUAAAGUCCCCAGAGAAGCCCUAGGUACUGUGUGUAUUGUUCUAUGGGUAUUGACUCGCUCCGCUCCUGCUGUAAAUUUGGCUUCUGUUGUCACACUUUGCAGUGUUGAGGUAACAUGUAAUUAGGCCACAUUGUGAAAGGCAGAGAGGCAGGUACAAGGGAGUCCAGGUAAAUGCCAGCCAGAGGUGGCUCAAAGAAGGGAAGCAACACACAAGGAAGGUUCCUAGCCACAGGGGAACAGUAACAAGGGGCCUCUUUCCAUCAAGAGUACUUUCCACAUCUCCCAGCCUUUGUGCCAGGCACUCCAGGAACGGUAAGAUGUCUUACCUUCAUGAAGACCAUGCUUUUAAGAGUGCAAAUAACUUGUGUACAAACUGACACAGAAAAUAGGAUGGGCCAUUACCGCCAACGACAAGGGAGCAAGAGAAAAGGGAGCAAGUCCUGCCUUCUUCCAGGAACUCGGUUCAUCCCUGUCAGGUGGCAGGAAGACCCAGACCACCCAGGUCUGCAACGUUCCCAGUGACAAUCAGUGGCCGGCAAGGUCAUUGUGUCAUUAAAGUGCCUGUACCCAUGGAUGGGGAACCCUCUGAUCGCCUGGGUUUUUUAAUUUAUACCAGCUUGCUAUUUUGCAUAAUAAACACUUUGCUAAAAAUGA